UAUAAACAGGAAAAAAAAAAAAAAGUCAGGAGAGAGUUCUUUGAACAACAGUGGAAAGCAGAGCCGAGUGUGGAAGGAGGGCGGCGAGGCUCAGCUGGAAGCGGGUCGCGGGCUGAGUGAGGCGGCAAGGACGAGUAGCAGACGACACGCUUGUUGACAAAGUCACAAUAAACCUGUGGAGCCUCUCAUCCCGCUUGCCAUGGGCCCUCACAUCCUCCCAUGCUCCCUGCUGCUUCUGCUGUCAUUCCUUUACAGCGUUAAUGGCCUUGGAGAGGUUAUAUAUGCCGUUAAUGCAGGUGGAGAGGCACACAUAGAUGUUUAUGGUGUGAGGUAUGAGAAGGACCCACUGACUGGGAAAGUCGGGACAGCAUCUGACUUUGGCAAGCAACUAGUCAUUGGCAGAGUACCUCCCGGAGACCAGGUUUUGUAUCAGACUGAAAGGUAUCAUCAUUCAACCUUUGGAUAUGAGAUUCCUCUGAAGGGUGAUGGGGAGUAUGUCCUGGUUCUUAAAUUCUCCGAGGUGUACUUUAAUGCACCUGACCAAAAGGUAUUUGAUGUGGUAAUGAAUGGUGAACUCACGGUGGUCCCUGCGCUGGACAUUUUCCUGCGGGUAGGACGAGGUGUGGCACAUGACGAAUAUGUACCAUUCACGGUGGCAGGCAACACGUUGGUAGUAGGAGGCCAGGAGAGCCCUCUUAGGGGUAACAAGGUCAAGGUGGAAUUUGUCAAGGGUUAUAAAGACAAUCCAAAAGUGAAUGCCAUUUUUGUGAUAAAAGGAAGACUAGAUGAUGUGCCAAAAUUGCCUCCAUUACCACGUGAAGAAGAGUUAGACAAUGAAGUGGAGGAACCCCGUCAGAGUGCAACCCUUCAAAACACAAACACAAACCAGAAUAGCAAACAACAGCAGUCAGCUAAGCGAAGGCCUAGCGGCCCUCGCACCCCAGACCCAUAUGCAGCUGAUGACACAAGCUCCAUGCUGCCUGUGUUUGUGGCCAUUGGUGCUGCUAUACCCAUCCUCUUCUGCCUAUGUAAACUGUGAUGUUCUCACCUAUUGAUGCGUUUUAGCUCUUGGGUGUUGCAUUGCUUCUCAGAGACCUCGUUUUGUACCCCAGCGACCUGCUCUUCUAGAGGUGUUUUGGGAACAUGUGUGCAGAUGUUCAAGUAGUAGUGUAUAUAUUUGUUGCAAAAUAUAUAUAUAUAUAUAUAUAUAUAUAUAUAUAUAUAUAUAUAUAUAUAUAUAUAUAUAUAUAUAUAUAUAUAUAUAUAUAUACACAGGAUGUCCUGGGAGGAAAGUCUUACAUUCUCAGAAAAGAAAGCUCAAGUCAUUCUGGAUUGGAAAUUGGAAAUUCUAUGGUCAAAUGCCAUGGAUUAGAAGUUGCAGGACAUUUAAGUAUGAAUGCACAUCAGUGGCAAAUGGCUGCACGAUGGCCAUCCCACAAAAUCCAGCUGGUCGCUCUUGCCAUGUGGAGUUCCUUAUGUUUUAGCUAUUAUUUGCUACAACAAUGCACUAGAUCCUUAAAUUUAUUUAUAUCAUUAUUUAUGGAAACCUUAAUGUGUAAUGAAGUAUCGGGAGGUUCCGUUAUAUGAGCAUCUGAUAUAUGAGAAACCAGUGAUAUGAGAUGUCUAAAUCAGGAACUAUUUUCUUUAUAUGAGCACAAAAUUCCUGUGAUACGAACUUUGUUUCAAGAUGAGUAAAAUUACAAAGUUUAAAAUGCACACCUUCCUGCACCCUCCCAUUAACACAUUUGGGUUGUACUGUAUGAUGAUUCAUAUGUGCAGAGAUGAGUUUGUGAACACUGGAAGAAAACCAUACACUCCUCCCCAGUCCCCUGCCUACUGUGCAUUUUCUGCCAUUAACCAUGCAUUGGUAAGUGUUAUACGUGUUUUAUAUGUUUAAUUAAUAUGAAAUCAUGUUCUUUGUAUGUUGUUUUCUCUUUCAGGCUGCUUUAUCGACAGUUCUGUAAUAAUGGACACAUUUGGUGCAUUGGGUAUCAUAUAUUUUAGCUUUGGUAUUGUAUGUUUUAGCUUGGAAACUUAACUUUGACAAGGGUCACUGAACCUGACCCAUUUUUUGCCAUUAGCUACACCUUUCUUUAUACGGAAAUUCACUAUAUGAGCAAUUCAAAUGGAACCUAAUUGCUCAUAUCACUGGGACCUCUCGAUAACAUCAUUAUCAUGAAAAUGCCCAUCAUUGGUGCCCUCUCCUCCUUUCUCCCCCUCACCAAUUCUUUGCAUAUUCAUAUUAAAAUUAUCUGUAACUUCUAAAUCAUGGCCAUUAAAAGCAUCUGACUAUUGAGCAUCUCCGACUUAGAAUGACUUGAUCUUUCAUAUCUGAGAAUAUGUGACCUUCCUCCUGGGACAUCCUGUGUAUGUAUAUAUAUAUAUAUAUAUAUAUAUAUAUAUAUAUAUAUAUAUAUAUAUAUAUAUAUAUAUAUAUAUAUAUAUAUAUAUAUAUAUAUAUAUAUAUAUAUAUGCAAGAUAUAUACAUGUGCAAGAAGUUUUACCAGCCAAUUGGAAAACAGUAUUAGGAACCAUUGAGUAUUAAUGUAUGUCCUCCAGGUUGAGAGGUAUUUUUUUCAUUUAACUCCUCAUUGGUGUAUUAUGAGUUUAUGAAAUUGCUUAAUAUUUCAUGAUAAUAUAGGUGCAAAGCAAUGAUAUGGGGCAGAAAUAUUGGGUAAAAAUUACAAGUUAGCAGUACAUGGGGACACCUUGCCAUAUUUACUAGUCUUUCCGGUGCUCACAGACAUCACUGGUACUUGGAGACCUUCUUUGCCUCCCACUCAUUAUUGUUUAAGUGAUACCUAACCAAAGAUUGCUGCCUGAGUAUGGGGCUUCAGAGUCUUCUGGGAACCACAUCGUGUGCCUGGUGCACUUCUCAAGUUGUGUUUGGCUGUUCAUGGCAAAUAUUAAUUUCCUUCAUCACUGCAUUUAAUAUUUUCUUUCUUUUGUAUUCUAAGGGGAUUACUGUAUAUUGUCAGGAUGCACAAGGUUGCAGCACAAUGGUGGUGGUGGUAGUGGAUAUUGCAGGGCACACAAUUAUAUGAUAUUUGCCUGUACAGUAUUUUUGUACAACUUGCUCAUUCCUUUCAUCCAGGUUUUCCAACCAGUAAUAAGAAAAUUCUCUAAAUAUUGUUGUUAUAUUGCGUCCAUACUUUAAGGGUGGCAAGGAAAUCUUGGAUAUGAUGAGAAUCCAUGUAGGUGAUUGUAAUUUAUUUAAUUUUAUUUUGUUUAUUUAUUAUUUAUUUAUCUUUUUUAAUGCUUAGUUUGCUUUACUUAGCUUGCAUAAAUUAUUGUUGUUCACAUUCAGCAAAGCUUGGUUAGGGUGUCAACUUAGUUUUAGCAUGGACAGAAGUUUUUACCAGAGGAGAUGGGUAAUUAUUAUUAUUAUUAUUAUUAUUAUUAUUAUUAUUAUUAUUAUUAUUAUUAUUAUCAUUAUUAUUAUUAUUAUUAUUAUUAUUAUUAUUAUUAUUAUUAUUAUUAUUAUUAUUAUUAUUAUUAUUUCUUCUGCUAUAUUUUUUUUAUACUAUUAUGUACUACUUAUAAUGCUAUCAAAUUCUAAUGAUAAACCUUUUAUUGUUAAUAGUAAUAGUAGUACAUAGUAGUAGAAGUUCUAUUUCUAUCACUGCUAUUGUCACUACUGUAAUUUUUACUACAACUACUACUGCUUCUACUACUACUACUACUACUACUACUACUACUACUACUACUACUACUACUACUACUACUACUACUACUAUAAACUGCUAAUUGGUUAUUACUAUUACUAUUGUUAUAUUGACUGAUAUAUCAAAGCCAUGGGUGCAUGUCUUCUUUAGGCAUUGGGAUUUACAAUUGUAUGAUUGCAUUAUGUUGAAGCAUGCAGCUGGAUACAGAGCUGCUCUCGUAAGCUCAUCAGUGAUUGGACUGAGGCUUGAGGCAGUAUGUCAUUUAGUAAAAAUUCAGGCUCUUUUUUUCUACAAGUUUCACUUUUAUUUGCUGUUGUUCACUUAUGUGAUGUUACACUUAGUUUGUCUUCAUCUUUAGAUAGUAGUAGAAUGUCAUUGAGGUAUAACAGUGUUGAAAAAAAUUCAAAAUGAUUGAAUGUUAAUUUUGCAGGUUCAUAAUACCACUUUAUUCCAUGCUGAUUCAUAGAAUUAUCAAGCUAUUCCUUAAACAAGUAAUAAUAUAAAGUUGUGAAUAUGAUUGCUUGAUUAGAUUUUUUAAGCAAAAAGGGAGUGCAUAUUUUCACAUCAAGUUGUAGGCAUUGGACAACAGUGAUUCUGUGUACCAUGUGUGACUGUGUGUCUGUCUCCUUACAAUGUGGAGUCACUGUUACCCUCUGCAGGUUGGUGUAAAACACUGCUAACCUCACUUCUAUUCUAUACUAUAAAAAAAAUUUGAGGACACCAUCAUGUUCAGGAGAACUAUGCCAUAUGGCACUAUUUGUUCUUAUAAUAGGUUCUUAAUUUGAUGAAACAUUAACAUGGAAUUAAGUGAUACAGAAAUUCAUCACCACAUUUUUUACUUCAAAUUGUGUGAUCUUGUUUUAUUUUGUCAGUUUGAUUUUUUUCCCACACUUGUAAUUCAAUAUCAUUUUAUUGUCCAGAAAUUAAGAAAUCAAGUAAGGAUUACACAAUGAAAGUAAACUACAGUGAAUAAAGAUAAAGCUUGUAUAGCCAGUACAAAAUGACCAGAACUCAUGGGACAAUGAGUGUCAUACUGCACAAAUUGGUAACCUUUCUGUUUGAAAUUAUGAGUGGGGAGGAAGUUAUUACAUUGCAACUAAGAUUGGUCUUUCGCUUGUCUCCAGAUAGUGGAACAGAUCCCAUACUUGACAUUGUCAGGAGCAGGGUCAGGAGGAGUAUCCUUCUGAUCACUCCAUGUUUUGGCUUAUGAAAAUGAUUGUGUUUGUUCCAGACUUAGUACUCUACUGUUGCAUAAUGUCUAGGAAAUAUACAAGCCAGGAUAAAAUAGUUUGAGUAGUAUUUACUUAAGAAUUUUGAAACAAAGAAAUAAGCUGUGUGACUGUUGCCACCAAAAAUGUGAAAUGUGAUAAUAUUUUGGUGAAUAAGUGGUGCAACAAGCAAUGUGAGGCUGUCCUUCACCAUAAACAAUGGAUCAUAUGUUUCAUAUUGUACAUAUUUUCAAAAGACAGUUAUGUUUAUGAUAUUGAUGUCAAGUAUUGUCAAACAUUUUUGUUUGGUCUAUCAUAUAAAGGACUGACUUAAGUUGCACUGUAAUAAUUUCCUCCCAGUGGAAAAAGGAUACCACCAAUUUGUGAAAUAUGAUCUUCAUUGCCAUGUGGUCUAGGAUCAUUUGUCAUUGAAUAUAGGAUAGAAUUAUAGGUCAGACUUUAGACUAAACAGGAGACAUGCUACCUCAAGCUGCUGUCUAACCUGCAAUAGGAUUACAAAAAGCACCUAGCUUGAAAUCUCAUUGCAAGCUAGAAGUUAAUAGAGAAAACUAUUAUCUUCCAGAUAAUUUUAACGUUUUUUUAAUAUUUUAUAUGAAACAAAAUGGAAACAAGGAUUAGUUUUACUGUAUGAGUAUUUCAUUGUCUUUAUUUUAUUAUGAUAUUUCUUAUUUGUUUCUUGGAUGCUACUUAUGUAGGAAGAACAUUGAAGAAAAUUCAUAUAUAUUUAUAUAAUGUAAAUUAGUAGACCAGUUAUCAACGUAAAUAACAAAAAGUUUGGUUUUGGUUCCUUUCCCAAAAUUAAACAAACUACUGAAAAAAAAAAAAUAAAUAAAUGAAAUAAAUAUAUAAAUAAGAUUGGAGUUUGGUAAGCAGUAUCUGGUGAUGGAAAUUAGCACACAAAACAUCAGUUAGUCAGAUCAAGCCUCAUAAUUUGGAAUUAAUCACAAAUAAGAAAAAAUGUCUGCUUAUUCCUAGCCUCAUCCUCAUGAUUGAUGAUAAAAAUUACUUAUAUAUUUGGUAAUUUAUGCUGCUAUAAAAUAUUUUUACAGUAACUCCCAGAAGACAGUGAACUUUUUAGUAUAUGUGUACAAGUAACCUCAUAAAGGAAAGUAUGGAUAUAAGUGAAAAGACAAUGAUGGUAAUAAUAUGAAUGAUUUCUACUUGUAUACCAUGUAUAUAGUAGCAUCCAAAGAAAGAAGCAGAAAGUGGAAUGAUAAAAAUAAGAAUAACAAAGUCAAGCAAAGAGAAUAUGAAAGUAAAAAGUUUCAGGGAAUAAUUCCCAACUUUUUGUAAUUUUUGCUAUUAGUCACCUUUUGUAACACAAUCCCAAAGUCUCCAAGACAGAAAUAUUAAUGCAUUUAUUUUUAUAUACCAGUAUCAGUUCAGUACUGACGGGUUAAAAAGUCACCAGUCUUACACACACUGCCGCAACAUUCCCAGUGCUGGAACAAGAACAAUAAUAAUAGUAAUGAAAAUCAACCUGCUUUGACCCAGCCAAGACAAGGGGACAUGUCAGAUUAUAAGAAUAAGAAUGCAGAGGAGUGGGUUCCUGGUCCCUUUGCUCCGUCCCUUUCAGUCGCCUUAUGCAAUACGCAGGGAAUAUAGUGGCAGUAUUCUUCCCAGCCAUGGAAUGUGCCAUUUUUUCACACUUAAAAUAAUUAAAUUAUUAAAAAAAUAAUGAUAGUAGUAUAUAAUAAUGAUAAUGAUAAUAGUAAUAGUAAUAAUGAUAAUAACAGUAACAAUGUAUAUCUAUUCUCUUAAUUUUUCAUCUUGGUUUAAAUUUUUUUUAUGUUUUCUCUCCCUUGAGAAUCAUUAACUUCAGAUGUAUGACAUGAUAUUGGACGGUAAUUUUCAAGCAGACUUCCUAACAUAGGGCCUCAUAUGUAUAUGGUCCUAUGAAUGAAUGUUAGUGAGGAUGUCUAAUGAAAUAAUGCAAGGUGUUAGGGGCAGGUUAUUAUAGCAGGAGUGUAGAUCUUUGCUUUAUUCUUUGCAUGGAAGUAUUAUUCACCAUUUUUAACAGGAUUUGUCUUGCAUAAUCUGCCUUUGAAUUAUAACAAAACUCAAGUGUGAUCUCAGUAAUAUACUGGGAGAUUUUGAUUCAGUGAGAUGGUAAAAAUGUACUUCAGCAUCUCAAAUGCAUGUGUGUAGGGGAGGGAGGAAUGGAGAGCUGAUGCCACCACCUGUAAGCAUUUCUUGUAGGGGGUGGAUGGGGAUAAGUUAAUUUUCAAGUGUGAGCAGUUCAGAGAAAAUAAAUAACUUUUAAAGGUGAAUAACUUUUAAAGGAUGGUAGUCCAGGAUAGGAGAAUAGCAUAAUGUUCAAAGAUGAAGAGGAAGAAUCUGAAUAUACAGUAGCUUAAUGAAGUUAUAUAUGCAAGCAUGUUGGAUUGGUGGAAGGCCUGUGUAAAAUGAAGAUGUGCUCUAUUAUCCAAAACUAUUGUGCAGGCAGGAGAUUACACAGACAUUGGAAAGUGUAAUGUAAGAGUGGAUGCAUGAUAACAGGUACAGUUAUCCAAAUAAGUGAUGUCAUAUUCUACAAAUUAUCUCAGGCAAAAAAUAGCGGUAUUUUGGAACUAUCUCUUAUGGCACCCUAAGUUCUCCUAGGUUUGUAUGGAGCUUUUAACAUCAAGCAGUUCAUUAUUCCAUAUAUUUAUUUUUAUUUGGUAUUUAGACAAGAAAUUAAUUUGACUUUGAUAUCAUCUGGGCAACAGCAGUGGGAUUUAUCCAUUCUGUCAUUUCAUUCUCAUGAUUAAGGAUAUUUUGUACACAUUAGGGAAAGCAUAGCACACAUGGUGUACAUAAGUGAUUUGUGAUCAUGUUGGGAGGGAGGGAAUGGAAGGAACAUGAAAAGUAAAUACAGUGGAACCUUGGUUGUUGAAUGCCUUUGAUCUCAAGCAUAGUGGUUCUGAACAAAAACACAUUGGCUUCUGCAGUGAGUCUGAGUUCCUCAACAAGAAGACCAGUGUCUAUGUACUACACAUGCUGGGAAGCACAACAGGAGAGGGUCAGUCAUACUUAAGCACCCUCCACUUCUCAAAAUUGCAUUGCCUUUUCUUGUAUUUCAUUGUUUUAUUGUUUUUAUAUAUUAUUAUGAAAUAAGCUACCAUGGGACCAAAGAAGGAUAAUGAUGGCAACAAAAGUGAAAAGAGAAGUGAUUACAAUCAUGUUGAGUCAAUUAAAGAAAUCACUACCAAACAUGGGAAUGGCCUUUGUGUUUUGAAUAUUACUGUGUUGUUUGGUAUGGCAAAAUCAACAAUUUGUACAGUUAUUUGGUGCUUUUAUGGAAAGGAACUCCUAUUCCAAACAAUGGCAUCUCUUUCCCUUCCUCACUGUCUUUCUCAUAUAUAUCUUAUUUAUUUUUUAUUGUGUGUAUUGUUUUUGUGUAAGAUUGAAUGAUUUUCAUUGUUCUUAUAUAUAAAUUUAUGUAUGAAGCACCUCUAUGGUUCAAGAACAGAUUAAUCCAUUUCAUAUUAAUUAUUAUGGGAACAAACUGUUUCACUUUAUGAACAGCCUUUGGGGUUGUAUUAAAGUUGAGAACUGAGGUCCACUGUAUGAGUGGGUUAUGAAAUGGUGCAGAAUUGGCUUCACAGUGAGAUAUGAGCCAGAAGUUGAGAGAAGAUACUGGAGAUGGAAGUGAGGUAUAGUACAUAUGAAAGAACAAGAAGCUAGAAUGGGGGUCACAUAUAUUGUGGGAAUUUAUAAUGGAAGAAUAUGAGACAGCUUUAAAUAGUGUGUGGAAAUGAACCUUUGUCAUGCCACAAUCAUCAUGUGAGGAGAGGUUCUUGGAGUGGAAAUGUUAAAUAUCUACGACUUGAUUUAACCUUUGCUGAACUACUAUGUAUUUUUAAACAGAACAUUCCCAUAAAGUGACAUGGAAUAAAGCAGAGCUACUUCUGUGAAAACACGGCACAUCAUAUGAAAGUGUACAAAAGCCUAUCAUAAUUUUUUGCUCGUAUCGUAUUGUAUAUUUAUGUGUUGUGUUUUGCAUUUUCUAUGAUUUAAGCAAAUUCCUUUUUGUAGAAUUACUGUUUUGAUAUGUUUAAUUAGUUGGUUAUACUGAUUCUUCAUGAAUGGAGAUCCCUUGUUAUACCAGUUUUCAGUUGCAACUGCAAUAAUAAUGGGUGUUUGAUUAUGUAGUUUUAAAGUCUAUUUUUGUUGUGUGUGUGUGUGUGUGUGUGUGUGUGUGUGUGUGUGUGUGUGUGUGUGUGUGUGUGUGUGUGUGUGUGUGUGUGUCUGUGUCUGUGUGUGUGUGUCUCAUGUAUACUGAUAUUUUGAGUA